UAAUUUUUAUUGUUGUUUAUAUUGUUACAAAAGUGCGUUGUGUAUUCCGCACAGUAGCUGGUCAGCUGAUCACAGCAAAGAUAAAGAAUAGGAUGGACCUAAAAGAGUAAUUAUUGUUAUUAGUAGACUGGGUAUGGAUGAGUUUAUUAGAAAGGAGCUGAUCCUCAAUGCAGGCACAAGCCUCGAAAAUGUCGCCCCGCACUGCAUCAAACUACUGGAUUGGCUGCUGGACUGCCAAGUGGAGAUCCAAUUGCAACAGAAACUCCUCAAGCUGACGCCGAAUCUAAUCGAAUCGAUGAUGAAGGCCACCAUGUAUCUGUUCGAGUGCCAUGACCGCUUCGGUGAGGCUCUGGCGGAGCGCUGCAACUCCCACAGUUUCUACGCCACAUGCUCCAGUCUGGCCGAACGCAAACAGAGCAUCAAGGAGCUGUGUGCUGGCAUAGUCAGUACGAGGAAGGGCGAGGCGCAUGCCGCGUUGCUCCACUUGAUGCACAAGCCCUUUGCGGACGUGCAACCGGCGUGGAGCGUCAUCAGGGAGCUGGACUGGGCAGCGUUGCGUCAGCCGGCUGCAUUCGACCCAGCCCAAAUGAUCAGCACUGAUCUCCUGCAAAUGCGUCGCCUGGUUAAGCGCAUCUGUCGUCUUUCCACGCUCCAGAAAAUGGAAACCGCUUUGCACCGUGCUCUAAAGCUGGUUGGCUUCAGCGUGUGGUUGUGUCUAUUCCGCGAGCCACGCCACAGCAACAUCCACUCCGAUUGCCAUCUGCUGCGCCACAUGAUCUGUGAUAUGCUGGCCGAGAGCCAGCCAGCUGCCCCCUGCUGUGGCUUCCUGCACAACAUGUACCUUUUCCUGGAAAACCCUUCCAAUGAGCCGCGAUUUUGGGCUUGCCUGGACCAUGCCCGUCUGUCUGGCAGCCUCAUUGCCUACCUGAUUGGCUACUGGAAUCGUCACAUGCCAUACUUAGACCAGGACGACAUGCAAAUCACGGCCGAUGCUCCACCCACCGUCACGGUCUGCCCGGCACUGCCCUUAGACGAAGUGACAUUUCUCACCCACCUUUUGCUGAUGCCCCGAUCGCCCUGCCGCGAGCAAUUCCACAUGCAAUUGCGAUCCCAUUCCAUGGCCAGCCAGCUGAUGGAGCUCCUCAAUAAAGUUGCAUUUGUGUACAGUUAA